AUGGUUCUUUCAAUAGUUUUAAUUGAAAAUCAUAUUGCCAAAGGAAGAGAUUGUGUGGCCUUAGCCACGUACCAGCUGAAAGGAGAGGCCCGUUAUUGGUGGGAUCUAAUAGAGGCAACCCAUGCCAUAGCCACCAUGACCUUCGACGAGUUCGAGACCCUGUUUCUCAACAAGUACUUUCCCAUGCCCCUUCAUUUGGCCAAGGAGCAAGAGUUCCUCAACCUGAAGCAAGGAACGAUGACCGUCACUCAGUACGCGGCCAAAUUCGAGGAGCUGUCUCGUUACACCCAAACUGUCGUUGCAAUGGAGGACAAGAAGGCGAGAAUAUUUGAGUGGGGGCUGACCACUGCUAGAAGGGCUAUGGUAGCUCAGGCUUUCCCCAUUUAUACCGGUGUUGUGAAAUGUGCUCUUCGACUGGAAAGCGAGGAAAAUGACUUCAAAAUCCGAUGGAGGAAGGCGACAGGCAACACUGGCGGACCUAUCCGAACUCAACCUUCCAACAACAACCGCGAACCCUACCCUGCCAAACCCUUCACCCUGAUCCGAAACAACCAAUCUUGGAAGAUUACUGCACCAGGACGUGGUGAACCACAGAGGGGUGGCAGAGAUGUAGCGACAGUACAGUGCUUCAACUGUCAGGCUAUGGGCCACUACAAACGUGAAUGCCCCCAACCCCCGAGGGAGAGAACUGGAGGCUUUGGAGGCCAGAAAGCUCAACAGCUGGGACAAGCUAGAUUUGGGAAGCAAAACCCCGGAGGCCCAUCACAGCAGCUGAACGGGUAG